AGGAUCAGUGAAAGGAAUAAAAUGGCAGUGCCGGUAAUACAGCAUUUUAAGACACGGGAAAUACAAAACUACUUUCGUUAUUAGACUCUAUAUUGUGGACUAAAAAACAGGAUACAAUGAUAUUAAAACACUGCCUAUUACUACUGCUGUUGGCCUCCUGCCCACUGCUAAGUUUUAUGAAAACUCUGUCAGACAGAACUAAUGAAGAUACACAAGUCAAGGUCACUGGUAUAUCAGAGAGUGACGAGAAGGUACUACAUCGCUUCAAACGUGGUUGGAUGUGGAAUCAUUUCUUUCUUCUGGAGGAGUACACAGGCUCUGAUUAUCAGUAUGUUGGCAAGUUGCACUCUGAUCAAGACAGAGAAGACGGAAGUGUAAAAUAUGUCCUUUCUGGAGACGGGGCCGGUUCCUUGUUUCUUAUUGAUGAGAAUUCAGGUGACAUUCACGCUACAAAGCGACUAGAUAGAGAAGAAAAGGCUUACUACACACUCCGUGCUCAAGCAGUAAACAAGAGGACAGGCAGACCACUGGAACCAGAAUCGGAGUUUGUCAUUAAAAUCCAUGACAUCAAUGACAAUGAACCAAAGUUUACAAAGAACAAUUAUGAAGCCAAUGUCCCUGAAAUGUCUGAUGUGGGUACUUUUGUUGUACAGGUUACAGCAAGUGAUGCUGAUGAUGCUAGCUAUGGGAAUAGUGCUAAACUUGUGUACAGUAUUCUCCAGGGACAGCCAUACUUCUCUGUUGAACCUGCAACAGGUAUUAUUAGAACAGCUUUGCCAAACAUGAACAGAGAGAACAAGGAAAAAUACCAAGUGGUCAUCCAGGCCAAGGACAUGGCAGGGCAGAUGGGUGGAUUAUCAGGGACUGCAACAGUGAACAUCAUCCUCACUGAUGUGAAUGACAACCCACCCAGAUUCAUUCAGAGUGCAUACCAACUUAGCACAUCAGAGUCUGCUGAUAUAGGAUCAUCAAUUGGCAGGAUUAAAGCGAAUGAUGCUGAUAUUGGUAAAAAUGCUGACAUUCAGUAUAGUAUCAUUGGUGGGGAUGGAAUGGAUGUGUUUAAUAUUGUGACUGACAGAGCCAAGGGAGAAGGUGUUAUAACCAUAAAAAAGCAUUUGGAUUUUGAAAACAAAAGGAUACACACAUUAAAAGUUGAGGCUGCUAACACUCACCUUGACAAUCGAUUCCUUCACCUUGGUCCAUUUAAAGACACGGCAACAGUAAGGAUCACAGUUCAGGAUACGGAUGAGCCCCCAGUUUUUAGUAGACCCUCCUAUGUCAUAGAAAUACAUGAAGAUAACAAUCCUGGUAGUAUCAUGGGAGCAGUAACAGCCUGGGACCCUGAUGCUGCUAACAACCCAGUGAGGUAUUCUGUAGAUCGACAUACAGAUAUGGACCGAAUUUUCAAUAUUGACUCCACGAAUGGCUCAAUUUCCAUAUUAAAACAUCUUGAUCGAGAAACAUUGACUUGGCACAAUAUUUCAGUUAUUGCUACUGAAAUAAGUAAUCCCAAGCAGACCAGUCGUGUUCCAGUUUUUAUUAAGGUUUUGGAUGUAAAUGACAAUGCUCCGGAAUUUGCAAUGUUUUAUGAGACAUUUGUUUGUGAAAAUGUAAAAGCUGGACAGUUGAUCCAGACCAUAAGUGCAGUGGAUACAGAUGAGCCACUUGCUGGGCACAAAUUCUUCUUCAGUUUAAAUACUAUGAAUCCAAACUUUACAAUCAAUGACAAUGAAGAUAACACUGCCAGCAUUUUGACAAAAAGAGGUGGAUUCAGUCGACAUGAAACAAAUACCUACCUUUUGUCAGUUGUAAUAUCUGACAAUGACUAUCCUAUUCAGAGCAGUACAAGCACACUGACUAUCAGGGUAUGUGCCUGUGACAGAAGAGGCAACAUGCAGUCUUGUAAUGCUGAAGCUCUGAUCUUUCCUGCUGGUCUCAGCACUGGAGCUCUUAUCGCCAUUCUCCUCUGUAUAAUUAUUCUUCUCAUUAUAGUGGUGCUGUUUGCAGCCCUAAGGAGGCAGAAGAAGAAGGAGCCUCUGAUCAUUUCCAAAGAGGACGUCAGAGACAACGUUGUCAGCUACAACGAUGAAGGAGGUGGAGAAGAGGACACACAAGCCUUUGACAUUGGAACACUAAGGAAUCCAAAAGUAAUGGAUGCAAACAAGUUGCGGAGGGAUAUAAUACCAGAAAUACUGUUCCCCUUUCGCCGGACAUCACCUAUUAAGGAUAAUGCAGAUGUUAGAGAUUUCAUUAACCACCGGUUAGAAGAAAAUGAUACUGAUCCAACUGCACCACCUUAUGACUCGCUUGCAACAUAUGCUUAUGAAGGAAAUGGAUCCUUAGCAGAGUCUUUAAGCUCAGUAGAGUCAGCAGCAACAGAUGGUGACCAAGAUUACGAUUACCUUAGUAACUGGGGACCACAGUUUAAAAAACUAGCAGAUAUGUAUAUUGGAAAAGACAGUGACAAAGACUAUUAGUUUAAAUGUGAAAAUAACAAAGUGAAGUGUUAUUUGGAAACUUUAAAAAAAAUGUGCAGACUUGAAUAUUGUUCAACAAGAAACCCAUUUUUCACUUUCUCUUUUUUUUACCUAAUGGUUUAGGACUUUUGUGAACAUGCUGUGGAAAAUGUGUCUUGUAUCUAAAAGAAGAAAGGUAGUCGUAUUAUAUAUACCAGUGUUUAAGAAGAAAACAAAUACACCAUUCUUUUAUUUAAGUCUGGAAUAAAAACACAUGUAUAAAAAAUGACAAACUUAUUUCAUCCUUUUUUGUUUUAUUAUAUGGUAUAAAGAAUUUUUUUAUGUAAAAGAUUGGUAAGGUUUAGUAGUCAAACUGUUGUUUAAAUUAAUACCUUGAUGUAUACAAUGUUGGAGACUGUGUAACCUGCAGAUAAAACGUGUAACAUGCAUUAUACGGUACAUGUUGUUUGAAUGCUGAGUCACAUUGUUUUUUUAUAUUUAU